CCAAAGUCAGACAUAAUGUAUGUGCGUGGGCCCGUGCACAGCCAGUCAAUACAUCCUCAUUUCAAGCACUUACAGCUCCACACUAAUGUACUCUGAUAUUCUCCAGGGCGGGUCACCCCCCCCACCCCCCUCCUCCACACGCUCUUCUUGUCCGUGUUGCGUUAAGCGAGCAUCUUCGGACACAAUACCCGCCCCAAACCGUCUGCAGCAGACCAAACGGUGAUCUCAUUGUGUUAUUUUUUUAUGUGAGGAAAACGAUCAUCUGGAAGUUGAAUCUCAGAUCGCUUGUGGUGGCAUCUGGGUGCGGAUAUGAAGAAGUCCGAAAAGUACGCCUUCUCUCUGGAGGCUGACGACAGGACAGAGGCCGAGAAAUGUCAACGCAAAUCGCCAAAACAAGAUGUUCUAGGGUCUGUUUUAAGUGCGGGCCACGAGGCACCCAAAGCCCCCAUGGACACGGACUACCAGGAGGAAAUGGAGGACACCAAACCUCAAAUACGAUUCAAUCUCAAUUUUGACAAGGAGAUCCGAGGUGUGGAUCAGGAUAACAGCAAGCGAGACAGUCAGACGUUUGACAUCGAUAGGCUGUUUGAAGCGGCGGCCAGCGGCGAUAUCAGGAAAUUGGACGGCCUAUCUCAGUACCUGCACCAAAAUAUGAAGAAACUCACCGACUCACUGUAUCAGUCGUACGGUAAAACUGCCCUGAUGAAGGCACUCCUGCACCUCCGAGGCGGCGAGAAUCCGACCGUUGACUUAUUAUUGGACAUCUCAGAGAGGACGGGCGACCUGAAAGAGUUUGUCAACGCAGCUUACACCGACCGUUACUAUAAAGGGCAGACGGCACUGCACAUCGCAAUUGAGCGGAGGAGUCUGAGCUACGUCAAGCUUCUGCUCAGCAAAGGGGCAGACGUCCACGCCAAAGCCUCUGGGAAAUUCUUUCAGCAACAUGAAGGCCCCAAUUUCUACUUUGGUGAGCUCCCUUUGUCCCUGGCAGCGUGCACGAACCAGCCAGACGUGGUGGAGUACCUCUUGGACAACGAGUUCCAGCAGGCCUAUGCGAACGCACCCGACUCUCAAGGCAACACGGUGCUACACGCCCUGGUGGUGGUGGCUGACAACACUAAGGAGAACACGGAGUUAUUCAUCACCAGCAUGUACGACCACAUCCUGACCACCACGGCGCGGCUGAGGCCCAAACUCAACUUGGAAGAGAUUGAAAACAACAACGGCCUGACGCCUCUCAAACUGGCUGCCAAGACUGGAAAAAGUGGGCUUUUCGCACACAUCCUGCGGCGCGAGUUCCAGGAGAGGCACACCAAACAUUUGUCUCGUAAAUUCACCGAGUGGGUUUACGGGCCGGUCCAGAGCUCCUUGUACGACUUGGCCUCAGUGGACUCGGCGGACAACAAGUCGGCCCUGGAAAUACUCGUCUAUGGCAGUGACAUCCCCAACCGCCAUGAGAUGCUCCAGACAGAACCUUUGCGCCAACUGCUGGAAGACAAGUGGAAGAGGUUUGCGGGCCGAAUAUUUUUUUUCAACUUUCUGGUCUACUUCGGGUACCUGGUCAUCUUCACAGCGGUGGCCUUCAACAAGAAGGAUGGAAAGACACCGUUCCCUCUGGAGCACAGCGCUACAGGUUACCUGUAUAUUUCAGGACAGCUCCUAAUAACGUUGGCAAACUGCUCUUUCUUUUUCAUAGGGUUAAUAGAUCUGAGGAGGAAACGACCAAAGCUGCAGACCUUGCUGAUUGAUGGCUAUUAUGAUAUUCUUUUCUUUUUGCAGGCUGUCCUUUUCCUGACUGCAGCUGGCCUUUAUAUCUUUGGGAGACAAGAAUACCUGGGCUUCCUGGUGCUGUGUCUUGCUCUCAGCUGGGUCAACCUGCUCUACUUCGCUAGGGGCAGCAAACACAUGGGCAUCUACAGCGUCAUGAUACAGAAGAUGAUCCUCAGCGAUAUCCUGCGCUUUCUAUUUGUCUAUGUCGUCUUUCUCUUUGGAUUCUCAGCAGCCGUGGUCACGCUGCUCAUUGAGCCCCCUGUGAGAAACACCACUGAUAAGAGCGGCCGCCUCUUCGGACCGCUUCACCCCAACUCCGAGUGCAUCAAACCCACCUUCCGAAACAUCUCCUACACCACGCUGCAGCUCUUCAAGUUUACCAUCGGCAUGGGUGACAUGGAGUUCACCGAGCACUACCAGUACAAAGAGGUCUUCUACGUACUGCUCAUCUUUUACAUCAUCCUCACUUACAUCCUGCUGCUGAACAUGCUCAUUGCCCUCAUGAACCGCACGGUGGAGAAGAUCACCAUGGAGAGCGCUAGCAUCUGGAAGCUACAGAGGGCAAUCACCAUCCUGGACAUGGAGAAAAGGUUGCCGUUGUUUGUGAGGAAGAGACUUCGCUGUGGGGUGGACAAAAAUCUGGGCACGCCCUCUGACCAAGACUGCCGCCGCUGUUUCAGUCCUCUUGCACUUCAUGGCAUGUAGAGCCAACCCUUGCAACCGGGUCUCUCCAUCUGGAUGUUGUGGGCAAGGUGUUGACCUUGUUCCAGGGUCACAUUGCAGGGCCCAAGGUCCAGAGCUAUUACGUCCAGUGAGUGCGGGGGGGCACCGCUGGGUCAUCUCCAGCCAGCUUGCUGGGGGUUGAAGGCCAAGAUGGUGCGGGUUGGGUGUUCCUGGGGCAGGCGGAUGACAUGGCCAUACCAUCGCACUCACCGCAGGCUAUACCAGCACCAACGGGAGGCUGGUGGCUGUUUUGUUUUGUCUCUUAAGAGUCUGAUUUGUGAUGUGCUCGGUCCACGAGAUGCCUUCAAUCCUCCUGAGGGCCAUCAAGAUUGGCCGCAAGAGUGUUAUUCAGUGGCUAGGUUUCGGAGCCGUACAGGAGGACGGAGAUGACUGAGGCAUUGUAGACACUCUUGGCCAUUCACACGUACACAACUUUCCGCACCCUGGUACAGUUGUUUGAAGAGUGUGGUGAUCUUGGUUGGGAUUCCGAGGGAUUUUAAGAUGUUCCAGAGGGACCCGUGGUCCACUGUGUCAAAAGCAGCCUUGAGGUCAAUGAAAGCAGUGAAUAAGUGCCGAUCCUUUCUGAACUCCCGAGCCUUUUCUAUCAGGAGUCGGAGAGCAGAGAUGUGUUCGAUUGUGGAACGGUUGGGCAUGAAUCCGGCUUGUUGUUGGCGGCGUCUGCUUCUGGUUGCAGGUAGAGCUCGGGUGAGUAGAAUGCGAAUGAAAAGUUUACCGGGAAUGGAGAGGAGCGUGAUGCCAAGUUGUGCACCACUGUAGACACGGCAGUUGCUGAUUGAAUUUUUCCAUCGUAGGUUAAACAAGGAUGUGGUCAAUUGCUUUCUUCGUUUUUCCAUCAGGGCUUUACCAGGUCCAGUGAUGCCUCCGCUUACGGGGAAACCAUGUAUCGGCAGUGCAGAGGUCGGUGGCUCUGCAUCGAUUGUAUAGUCGCUGGCCAUUAUCAUUGAUGGUGCUGUCGAUGAAAAAUGGGCCUGUUACAGCUGGGAGGGUGUGGUCUUGGGUGGAGAUUGUGGCGUUGGCAUCGGUGAGGACAAUGACGAUGUCAUGGUCGGGGGCUGCCUGGAUGGCAUCUUCUAGCUCAUCACAAAAAUUGUCCUUUGUCUCAUCUGGGGUGAUGACUGUCGGACUAUGGGCGACAAUAACUGUGAUCUUCCCAUGUUGGUGGAGGAGAUGGGCGGAGAGCAGUCUGCUCCUGGUGGGGUGAGGUCCCCAGGACAGUGACA